AUCCAACGUGUUGUUCCUGAAGGUGUGUUGGGCCCCUGAGUGCGUGGUAACCCGGCAUGGGCCCUGCAGUACGGCUGACUCUGUGUGCGCUAUACUAGGAAGGAGCUGUCUGCGCUGUGCCGCGGCAUCGCAUAGUGUGGAGAGUAACUGUGUAAUGAUCUGGAGACUCGCUGGGCAAUAUAUUGCCUGUGGAAGAAGGAAUCUAUUUCGGCACCUGACUACAGUACGUAGAGAACCGAUGAAGUACAUACUGGUGACUGGAGGCGUCAUCUCUGGCAUUGGAAAAGGAAUCAUCGCCAGCAGCAUUGGUACCAUACUGAAGUCAUGUGGGCUUCGAGUGACCGCCAUUAAAAUUGACCCGUACAUUAAUAUUGAUGCUGGGACUUUUUCACCUUAUGAGCAUGGUGAAGUGUUUGUGCUGGACGAUGGAGGGGAGGUAGACUUGGAUUUGGGAAAUUACGAGAGAUUCCUGGAUAUCAGUCUGUAUAAGGACAACAAUAUCACUACAGGAAAGAUUUAUCAGCAUGUGAUCAACAAGGAGCGGCGAGGAGACUACCUGGGCAAAACCGUGCAAGUGGUCCCACAUAUUACGGAUGCUAUUCAGGAAUGGGUGAUGAAGCAGGCAACAGUCCCAGUGGACAAGGACCAUCAGGAGCCUCAGAUCUGUGUCAUUGAGCUUGGUGGAACUAUUGGAGACAUUGAGGGAAUGGCUUUCAUAGAAGCUUUCAGGCAGUUCCAGUUUAAAGCCAAAAGAGAAAACUUCUGUAACAUACAUGUCAGCCUUGUGCCUCAGCCAACAGCUACAGGAGAACAAAAGACCAAACCAACGCAGAACAGCGUCCGCGCGCUCAGGGGUCUGGGCCUAUCUCCAGACUUGAUUGUGUGUAGGAGUACCAAACCCAUUGAGAUGGCUGUGAAACAGAAGAUUUCAAUGUUCUGUCAUGUGGAACCCGAACAGGUCAUUUUCAUUCAUGACGUGUCUUCUACAUACCGUGUCCCCAUUUUAUUAGAGGAACAAGGAAUUAUUACGUAUUUUAAACACAGAUUGAACCUUCCUGUGGAUGAUAAGCCCACUGUGCAGCUUCUGAAAUGGAAAAGAAUGUCUGACAGGUAUGAACGACUGCUGCAGACCUGCUCCAUAGCACUGGUUGGAAAAUACACCAAACUGAGUGACUGUUAUACCUCUGUCUUCAAGGCGCUAGAGCACUCUGCCCUGGCCAUCAACCAUAAGCUGAAUUUAAUGUAUAUAGACUCUGCUGAACUAGAACCUUCAAACAAAACAGAAGACCCUGUGAAAUAUCAUAAGGCCUGGGAAAAGCUGUGCAAAGCUCAGGGUAUAUUGGUUCCUGGUGGAUUUGGAUCACGAGGAACUGAAGGAAAACUUGAAGCAAUCACCUGGGCCAGAGAAAGAAAGAUUCCUUUCCUAGGUGUAUGCUUGGGGAUGCAGUUGGCUGUAGUGGAAUUUGCAAGAAAUUGUUUGAACUGGAAAGAUGCAAACUCUACAGAAUUUGACCCAAACACAAAGAAUCCAGUGGUGAUUGACAUGCCUGAACACAACCCAGGAGACAUGGGUGGAACAAUGCGACUAGGGAAGCGGAAGACUGUUUUUACAGCAAGUAGCUCCACCCUAAAAAAGCUGUAUAAAAAUAUGGAUUUUGUGGAAGAACGUCAUCGACAUCGCUAUGAGGUGAAUCCAGAACUUAUUCCACAGUUUGAAGAAAAAGGUCUAAAGUUUGUUGGACAUGACACUGAGGGACAGAGGAUGGAGAUCAUUGAGCUUGAAGAUCAUCCAUACUUUGUUGGCGUGCAGUUUCAUCCAGAAUUCUCAUCCAGACCUAUGAAACCUUCUCCUCCUUAUCUUGGGCUAAUGUUGGCUGCCUCUGGAAAGCUAUCUACAUACAUACAGAAUGGCGGCAAGCUAUCUCCCAGAAAGGAUAGCUACAGCGAUGCCAGUGAGGGAAGCUCUUCAGAUAAUUAACUGCAUCCAGUAAAUCAUGUUAAAUAUCAGAUGAAAAGGUUUCUGGAGAUGGAAAAGAAACAGAAUCAUUCGCCAGAACUGAACCUCAGCAGAAAAUACCUUUCCCCAGUUUAAAGGAAAAAGUCUAAGGAAGGCAUCAAUGUAUUGAAAAUCCAAAUAUCUUUUAUUCUUUGUUGUGUUUGUGGUGCCUUAUAGCACCACACAAACCAGUUUCCACGUAGCUGUGAUAUGGCUGUGAACAUGAAGUCACUGCUCAGAUUCUUCAAUGUGCAUUUAACUUUCUAGACUUCAAUUGACAUUUUAUCACAUCCUGCAAAUUUUAUAGGACCAUGUGAAAAGCUCACCAGCUAUUCCAGCUUUUUAAAAUUGACGACCUUUCCUCCAGAUAGACAAUGUCGGACACUUGUUCAGCUGUUUUCGGCCGGCGCUGAAAACUAAACAGUGGACGGAGUCAACAAGCAGAAGGGUGUCAGGCUCCCCCAAUCUUAAAUCCAGGUCAUAGGUCAUCAAUAUGAAGAAACUAGAAUGCCCCUUUAAGCGAUCUCCAGUGCUUUAUUGUAAGAAGCUGGGUUCAGUGCUCACAGUACCCCAGAGUUACUAAGUGGCACACAGCUACAAUGCCCUGUAAUCUAUGAAAAGAUGAAGGAGAUUUAAGCUGCGGCUAUUUAGUGUAUUCUUAGUCAUAUCUGUUUUCUGGGGAAAAAAAAGCGACAAGCCAGUGUGCUUGUCAUUUCAGCUCAAAUAGGGGUUGUCAGUGCACAUAACUAAGCAGAUUAGCUGUUACGAGUUCUGGAGCUGGGUGACAACUAGAGAUGAGCGAAUUUCAUGUUAUCAAAUACGUUCACGCUUCGUUUGGCGGUAAAAGCAGAAUUGCGUUAUUUGGAUUCCGUUACCAGGGACCAUAACGCAAUUCUAUGA